GAAAAACUAGCUUUCAAGAUUCUCAGAUAUGAGAUCACCAAACGAUUUGCCCCGAAAAAGAGUUGGUCGAAAAGGUGUAUACUCAAAUUUGCUGAAAAAAAUUCAAUUGAGAAACAACAUACCGAAGGGCAGAUCCGAACCCGGGGGUUCGUACUCUCUCGAUCCCCCUACGACCGCCUGGCCGAAUACUUAUUCCUCUGAUCGAUGAUUACCCAGCUUUUAUAUGAUAUAUAUAUGGUAUUAAUUAGAGUGGUUUUUUUCACUGUGGCGCUGUUAGCACAGCUCGCACCAUCACCCAACGACGUCACUUUGUGUGAGAGCAGCAAGGUACCGUUGCCUGAUACCCUUUAUUCCCACCGUCGACAUUACCGUGUGUCUAAAGGUCUCGCUGUCUAUCUCAUCCUCUCGAUGCGCUGUCUACUCGUUUUGACCCUCGAACCUCGAACCUCGAACCUCUCGAACCUCUCGAACUUCCCGAAAUUGACGAUGAUUGAGAUCUUUGGCUUGGCACAAGACGGGUGGACAUUAAAACCCAUACAAAUGGACUGCAGUGGAAUCACUUCUGUCCAUCGGCUCCACGAGAUCAAGUACGUAGAGUCAAAGCUCGAAAGAGGAUGAUAAACAACAGCAACACGAGAAAGGAAGAUCGUACUCCGACGAUACACAAAAUAGCACUGAGCAAAGUAAACAAUGAAAUUAAAGCUAAGGAAAUAGAAUGGAAGACAGUAGCUGUUCCCUACUGUAGCAAAUGGCGCGAACCAGGGUGUCGUAAUAAUGAUAAGACAGUGAAAGUGACG